AUGAUUGACUCGAUAUUCGAUGUGACAUUCCAUCUGGACACCAAGUACUCUCUACAUCAUACACAACACAUCCAAUCAAUCACCUUACAAGGUGUUGAUCAUAAUGAUGACAGACCCAAUAGUUGUAAUUAUAAUGAUUGCGACGAUGGUGAUGAUGGUGAUGAUUAUAAUUACUAUCGUGGAUACAAUGGUGAUGGUGAUGGUGAUGAGUCCAAACAACCAACAAUCAAACCACCAUCAUACCCAUCACAAUCAAUCGAUCAUAAGAAGGACACAAUUAGGACUCUGCUCAAAUCAUUCACGGCUCGACCACAAAGCACGAUCACGGUGGCCAUCAGGACUGUUUUUGCUGGACAGGUGGCCCGACUGAUUGACCAGUAUGAACUGGAUCCACAAUCAAUCGAUACACUGGUGAUCAAUAAUCUCUUCCCACAACCAUUCCAAACAAUGAUUGAGCUGCUUCCGGACAACAACCAUAUCAAGACACUGGACCUCAGGGUUCUGAAUCCCAAUCGCUGCUGCGACCGAGACUACUUCAAGUAUGAGGACGAAGAGUGGAUGGAAUCGUUGACCCGUGAGUUGUUUGGUCGCUGCACCAACAUUACAUCACUGGCCAUCUAUGAUCAGUGUGGCAGUGCCGACUCGGCCUACGCCAUGUACAUUGUCGGCCAAGACGACCAGUUCUUUGCCCACCUAGACCAACUCGAACACCUGGAGUCACUGACCUUCAACCUGUCGCCAUCAUGUGGACAUGACCACGUCGACAUCCUCGAGGAGCAGGGGCAGUCCUUCGUCAACUCACUCACAUCGUUCAUGCGACGACAUCCAACACUCCACACUUUCGACUUUGUCAAUAUCUUGCCACGACCAAAUGCUCCCGCGCCAGAGUAUCUGCCACUCAUGCAAUACCUGUUCAGCGACGUCAAUUGCAGUGUACAGCAUCUGACAUUGAACAUCACCCAGUAUAUCAAGGUGCCCAUGCUCUGCCGAACAAUCGACUCACUCAAUCUAAGAAGAAUGCACUGUGAUUACCGUGAAGCAUCUUGGGAUUAUGAGAUGUCGAUGAUCAGCAAUCUCAAGACAAUGGUCACCAACACGCUGGACCUCUCACACUUUGAGUUGUACCAGCCCGCCACCGGACAUUUAGUCACCAACGAGUUCCGUCUUGGACUAUUCAUUGGCGAGCUUUACAAGCCCCCAACCAUCUAUUCAAAAGGACGUUACAAUCAAUACGCUGACCAAUCUCUCAGGAUUGAGAACAGCACUACUGCCGCUACUCAUUCUGCUCAGCCGUCUGGCAACCAAUAA